AUGCCCUCACAUCAAGCUGCUCCUGUCAUGGCAGUAGAUAGUAAAGGGUGUUGUUUUGUCGUUACAGGUUUGGGCUUUUUCCCCCUGGUCCGUGAGCGCAGGCAGGUCCGGUAUGAAUGCUCGGUUUGUGGUCGUACAUUCAGUAAUGUGUACAAUCUGAAGGUCCACAUGCGGGACCAACAUUCAGGCCUGGGAAGUGCCAAGUGUGAUCUUUGUGGCCUAUCAUUCAAAAAUCUGAGUACCCUGCGAGUGCACAAGAGUAACUACCACCGCAAGACGGCCAGCAAGACUGGCUCCGUGGGCAGUACAGUCUCCUUGGCCCCCCGCCUCCAUCCUGGCCCUGGUCGGGCUACCUGCGGCGACACCAACUCCCUUGACUGUGUAGGGCCGUGGCCGCCGCCCGGCGUGGUAGCGGCGCCUCCAUGCUGGCCCAGACAGGCAUCAAGGUUCGCAUGCGAGCUGUGCGGCAAGGAGUUCACACGCAGGUACUCCGUCAAGGUGCACCAGCGGGAUUCACACUUCACCAGGCCGGACACAGUGUUUGAGUGCACUGAAUGUGGCCGAACCGCAGCCACGCAGAAAGCUCUCAAAAUGCACGUGCACCGCUACCACCGAAGCUACGAGUGGCUGAGUGGGGAUCUCAGGGAGUCUCGGCCCAGGUUUCCUUGUGAGCUUUGUGGGAAAGGCUUCACUCGUAGAUACAACCUAAAAGUACACCAGCAGGACGUCCACUAUAACCCCAUACAAAUGGCAUUUUAUUGCACGCUGUGUGGCAAACAAACCACCAGCAAGAAUGGUCUCAGGCAACAUUUACUCAAGUACCACCCCAAACACUGA